AGAGCUGAGCUGUCGGAGAGCGCGAGCGGCCAGCCUGGAAGCCAGCUCAGCACGCUGGCCAGCGACCCUGAGAGCUCCAGGUGCCCCAAGGCUGGCGCGCACUGAGGGACCCCCGAUCCUCACCGGCCGCCCCUCCCUGGGCGCCCCCGCGCCGCGUGCCUGUGGGUGCUCCUGGGCUUUCCCGGAGCCGCACACCCCGAGGGGCCCGGAGCUCGGGGAACCCGCCACGGUCCCCUCCAACACCACCGCCGCCGCAGCCUGGGCAGCAUGGUCCGGCUGGGCAAGCUGCUGGGCGUCCUGACUCGGAUGGAGUUCCCCUGCUGCGUGCUGGAGGUGCUCCUGUGUGCUCUGGCGGCGGCAGCGCGAGGCCAGGAGAUGUACGCCCCACAUUCGAUUCGGAUCGAGGGGGACGUCACCCUCGGGGGGCUGUUCCCGGUGCACGCCAAGGGUCCCAGCGGAGUGCCCUGCGGUGACAUCAAGAGGGAGAAUGGCAUCCACCGGCUGGAGGCGAUGCUCUACGCCCUGGACCAGAUCAACAGUGAUCCCAGCCUGCUGCCCAAUGUGACGCUGGGCGCGCGGAUCCUGGACACUUGUUCCAGGGACACUUACGCGCUGGAGCAGUCGCUCACUUUCGUCCAGGCGCUCAUCCAGAAGGACACCUCCGAUGUGCGCUGCACCAACGGCGAGCCACCGGUGUUCGUCAAACCCGAGAAAGUAGUCGGAGUGAUUGGGGCUUCGGGGAGUUCUGUCUCCAUCAUGGUAGCCAACAUCCUGAGGCUUUUCCAGAUCCCUCAGAUCAGCUAUGCGUCCACAGCACCCGAGCUCAGUGACGACCGGCGCUAUGACUUCUUCUCCCGUGUGGUCCCACCCGAUUCCUUCCAGGCCCAGGCCAUGGUCGACAUUGUGAAGGCCCUGGGCUGGAAUUACGUGUCAACUCUGGCAUCUGAAGGAAGCUAUGGAGAGAAAGGUGUGGAAUCCUUCACGCAGAUUUCCAAAGAGGCAGGGGGCCUCUGCAUCGCCCAGUCCGUGAGAAUACCGCAGGAACGAAAAGACAGAAGCAUCGACUUUGACCGAAUCAUCAGACAGCUCCUGGACACCCCCAACUCCAGGGCCGUCGUGAUUUUUGCCAACGACGAAGACAUCAAGCAGAUCCUUGCAGCAGCCAAGAGAGCGGACCAAGUGGGCCACUUUCUCUGGGUGGGCUCAGACAGCUGGGGAGCCAAAAUCAACCCACUGCACCAACACGAGGACAUCGCAGAAGGCGCCAUCACCAUUCAGCCCAAGCGAGCGACCGUGGAAGGAUUCGAUGCCUACUUCACAUCCCGCACACUCGAGAACAACAGAAGAAAUGUGUGGUUUGCCGAGUACUGGGAAGAGAACUUUAACUGCAAGUUGACAAUUAGUGGGUCGAAAAAGGAAGACACAGAUCGUAAAUGCACAGGACAGGAGAGAAUUGGGAAAGACUCCAGCUACGAGCAGGAGGGCAAAGUGCAGUUUGUGAUCGACGCAGUCUACGCCAUGGCACACGCACUGCACCAGAUGAACAAGGACCUCUGUGCCGAUUCCCGGGGGGUGUGUCCCGAGAUGGAGCAAGCCGGGGGCAAGAAGCUGCUGAAGUACAUCCGCAACGUGAACUUCAACGGUAGUGCUGGCACCCCAGUGAUGUUUAACAAGAACGGGGAUGCACCAGGGCGUUAUGACAUCUUUCAGUACCAGACGACAAACACCACCAACCCUGGUUACCGUCUGAUUGGGCAGUGGACAGAUGAACUCCAGCUCAACAUAGAGGAUAUGCAGUGGGGUAGAGGAGUCCGCGAGAUUCCCCCCUCUGUGUGUACCCUGCCCUGUAAGCCUGGACAGAGGAAGAAAACCCAGAAGGGCACCCCGUGCUGCUGGACCUGUGAGCCCUGUGAUGGCUACCAGUACCAGUUCGAUGAGAUGACCUGCCAGCAUUGCCCCUACGACCAGCGGCCCAACGAGAAUCGAACUGGCUGCCAGAAUAUCCCCAUCAUCAAGCUGGAGUGGCACUCUCCCUGGGCCGUCAUCCCUGUCUUCCUUGCCAUGCUGGGCAUCAUCGCCACCAUCUUUGUCAUGGCCACCUUCAUCCGUUACAAUGACACGCCCAUCGUCCGAGCCUCUGGCCGUGAACUCAGCUAUGUGCUGCUGACAGGCAUCUUUCUUUGCUACAUCAUCACUUUCCUGAUGAUCGCAAAACCGGAUGUGGCAGUGUGCUCUUUCCGGCGAGUUUUCUUGGGCUUGGGUAUGUGCAUCAGUUACGCAGCCCUCUUGACAAAAACCAAUCGGAUCUACCGCAUCUUUGAGCAGGGCAAGAAGUCAGUCACAGCCCCCAGACUCAUAAGCCCCACAUCUCAGCUGGCAAUCACUUCCAGUUUAAUAUCCGUUCAACUUCUGGGCGUCUUUAUUUGGUUUGGUGUCGAUCCACCCAACAUCAUCAUAGACUAUGACGAACACAAGACCAUGAACCCUGAGCAGGCUAGAGGAGUUCUCAAAUGUGACAUUACGGAUCUCCAAAUCAUUUGUUCCUUGGGCUACAGCAUCCUUCUCAUGGUCACAUGUACUGUGUACGCCAUCAAGACUCGGGGUGUGCCUGAGAACUUUAACGAAGCCAAGCCCAUUGGAUUCACUAUGUACACCACGUGUAUAGUGUGGCUCGCCUUCAUUCCAAUUUUUUUCGGCACUGCUCAGUCGGCAGAAAAGCUCUACAUACAAACCACCACGCUUACAAUCUCCAUGAACCUCAGUGCGUCGGUGGCGCUCGGGAUGCUGUACAUGCCCAAAGUGUACAUCAUCAUUUUCCAUCCUGAACUCAAUGUCCAGAAACGGAAGCGAAGCUUCAAGGCAGUAGUCACGGCGGCCACCAUGUCAUCGCGGCUGUCACACAAACCCAGUGACAGACCCAACGGGGAGGCCAAGACAGAACUCUGCGAAAAUGUAGACCCAAACAGCCCUGCUGCAAAAAAGAAGUAUGUCAGCUACAACAACCUGGUCAUCUAACCCGUUCCACUCCAUGGGACCGUGGAGGGGUAAAGCCCUCAGCCCUUCCAUCACCCACCUGGCAGAGGAAUCUCUUGGUCCUGCCUGCUUCCCAUCCCGGGAGGAGCUUCCCCAGCCGGGAGUCCAACAUAGAGGAUCCAUGUGUCCUAAACAGCUGCUUUAUGAAACACCCUUACUUUAUCUUGGCUUAAUAAGUCAUUGGCAACAGCACUGCCAACUCGGCUGCAAUUUCUGAACCUUCCCUUCCCAAGGGAGUGUUGAGACUCCAGUCCCACCCAGGCUCUUUGGGACAAAACCUGGGCACCACAGAACCGUUUUGGGGCUGCUCUGUCUUUCUACAUCUGUACUUCCAGGCUGCAAGGUGUUGAGAUUUUCUGUACAGCUCGUGAGGACUUUUGCACUUUGCCAUUCAAUGUCGUACCUCGGUUCACUGUUUUUGAAUGCCCUAUUUUCAUAAAGCCCUAUUCUCUCGGAUGGAGCAACAGAGGGGGAAAUGCUGAAACACAUACAAAUUUUAAAAGAUCUCAGUAAAUUGAAAAAAAAAACUGCAUCCGUAUACAACUAUGUGAUUACGAUGAUAGCACCACUGCAAAUCAUGUUAUUUUUUUUUCUUAAAAAAAAAAAAAGCGGGGGUGGUGUUCAAAGACCAACAACUGUGCUGAGAAAAGUUGCCCCACCAAUCUCGGGUCUGUGACGGAAGCCCCAGCAGGCGGGUCUGGGUGAGCCGAGCAGAGGUCUCACUGUUUGGGAUGCAUGCCAGUAACGUGUUUUGCAGUUCACGUCAAUGGUUUAUGUUCGAUAUUUGUACUUGUGUUACCUUCUGUUCUUUUCAAUUACAGAAUGGAUAUGUUGCAAUAACUUUAGUCACGUCAGGCUAUUUGAGGGCCAGGUUAUGGGUUCCCCACGUCUUGACCUUUGUUCUUGCCCCAUGACUGAUCGGUGUGACAAGGACUCUCACAAAAGCAUGGAUGUUUUCUGCUGUUUGUCAUCAGUACUUUGGUUAUUCUUGCUGCUUAUGUGCCAAUUUAGUGAAAAAAAAAAGAGACCCUUUGCCGAAGAAUCCCCUCUUUCCAUUCUCUUUCGAUUCUGUGAUAUUGUCCAAGAAUGUAUCAAUAAAAUACUUUGUUUAACUUUUUUA